CCAUGCAUCCUGCCACCCCGAGCAGGCUUCUCUUGGCCUGUAGCCUCGCCUUCAUGCCCUUCUCUACAGCUGUGACCUCACAAUCGGAAAGCGUCGCCCCCUUCAGUGGCACCUCUCUUGCACUGUGCUCUCUGCCUGGCACCUACAGUGAACCAGCACACACGAUUUCUGCCUGCAGAUCGGGUGCAGUCCACUCGACUGUGCUAUGGACUGGACAGUCAUGAGUGUCCCCUCCUGACUCCCUGACUUCAGGGGAACAGCCGGGCCUAUCUGCAUCCUGUGUCCCUUCUAGAGAGUUAGGAAUGUGAUUUCAGCCCCUUGGGAUUGUGGGGCAUGCAUGAGCUCAGACUAACACGAUGACACUGUCCACUCGCUAAGGUCUCGGGACUUUUCACUUUCCUAGAAGGGCCUUCAUGUUGAAAGAAGGUGAUGUGUUCCGCAGACUAGGAUGCAAGACUUCCGACUUCUGGGAAAUUACAAUGAACGAGCUAGAGGAGAAGGAGGUGGAUGAAUUCAGCUCCAGUGGUCUCAAGUGUCCCACAUGCUUCUCCAUGAAGGGGAGAGAGUGCAGACCAACUCUCAAGUGGUGCUCAACGGACAAGAUAAAUUGUGUGGAGUUCUCCGGCAUCGUAAACACAGGUGUCGACAACAUACCCAUUCAGCUGAUGAAAUGCAUAACCGUAGAGCAGUGCAAGGACACAGUGACCACUUAUAUGGGUUUUUCCAUCAGUAACAAAAGUGAAAUCUGUAAGUCAGCCGUCAGAAAUGGGGCCAGAAUCAGAGCCCCAACCCCCAUCUUCCUUAUUCUCUUCCUGAAGAAACUGCUUCACUGAGCAGCUGUGGAGGCUCAGCCACCAUCCCCAAAGAAUUAAAGUUGCAGUUUCUGUUUGUUGAUCGCA